CCCACUCAUUCGCUCUCUCUCUCUCUGUUAGAAAACACACAUAAACUUACUUUCUUCGUUUUGUUCCUUUUUGAUAGGUUUUUUGCCACUAACCAGUUUCUUUUUCUUAGCUGAAAAGUAAAACACGUAUUAAAAUUGUUAAAAAGUAAAUGUUUAUGAUUGAAAAUUAAACUGCACACACACAUACACACACACAUAGAAGAAGAAGAUGGAUAGCGAAAGUGGCUUCAGUGGUCAGCAGACGGCGGAACAACCGGAUAGCGAUGACCAGCAAAUCGAUCAAUUCAAGGUAAAGCUUAAUGGUCAACAGGACUUAGAAUUGCGUUUACGUGAAUUUAAGGCUGCAUGCGAUGCCCAUGAGAAGCAUACACGUAAGCGGCGUAGGCGAAGCUAUUAUCAUAUGGGUCUGGUGGCCAAACUGGUGACGGAAACAACCCACGAUGAAUUGCGUCGCAUGUUAGAGAAUGGCACAUAUACAUUUCAUGUGGAUACGGUGGCCAAUAAGCCAAAUGAACUGACCAGCAUACUGGAGACCAUGAAUAUAGCCAUUUCGGCCACCGUUGUGGAACGAGAUCUCAAACUGGCCACAGGACUAGCGUUGGAGAUAAAUGGUGAAUGCUGUCGCAUUGGUCGUUUAAGGAAUAAUUGCACUGUGAUGCUUGCCCGUGGUUCUGUGGUCACUCUGACCACUAAUGAGGCCUAUCGCUAUGCGGGAUUCAAGGAGAUUGUGUUUGUGAUUAACUUAAAGGCCUAUUUGAGUUCAGUGAAGCUGGGCGACAUUCUAUACAUUGGACGAGAGGUGCGUUGCCGUGUCCUAAAGACACUACGUGAAGCCAUAGCGGUAAUGAUCAUCGAUGCUGGGCUAAUGGCCUCAUAUGAUUUCAUUGAGUUGCCGCGACAGUGCUAUAGCCUUAGACCUGAAGUCUAUCAGGAACUUUUUAUGCCCGAUCUCAAGUUGGUCGAGUCUCUAAAGGCGAACUAUGUAGUGCUGCCCAAGAUUAGGUGUAAGAGCUUCUUACGUGCCGUUCGUCAGGCUCUAAAUGAGGAGUUUGAUAUGAAAUUGAUUGGCAUGAUUGAUUUCGAAUAUGUGAGAAAUAAUAUGUUGGAUUUAUUGGGUAUAAUUAAGCUAGUGGACUAUAUAUGGAUACCCGAUAUGUUUAGUGUUAACUGCUGUGUCUAUAACUACAUUAUGGAAGAUGUUCUACCCAUAUCGAAAUGCCAGAAAAAGCCCGUAAUUGGCACUGUGCCUCUCGAGCGUUGCAGUGAUUUUAAACAUUACGAGCUGCAUGAGUUCCUUUGGAAAAUCGAUGCCAUUCACAUACAGAAGAGCUCGUGGUGCAAUAAAUAUCCACUUAUUGUUAAGAAACUAAUGCCCGUGCGUGACUAUCGUGUGGGUGUUGUCCAGUCUCAGAUAAUGGUCAAGAAUAUCCUCACUUCAUAUCAGACCAUUGUGAAUUUCAUUAUCAGAACAAUAAGUUCCAUUGAAUGCCAGGCUAUAUUUAUCUAUACAAAGUGUGAGAAUGCAAGCGUGGCCUUGGCUCGAACCGAAAUUUAUUGCCCUGUCUAUAUGAUGAUGCCACUGACCGACAGCAACGAAGAUGACAUCGAGGACACCAUCAAGUGCAAAUUUGAUUUGGCCAGAGCUCUGCAUCUGAGAAGGAAUAUGCAUCCGGUACUCUAUACCAAGGACAUAAAUGAACAGAAUCUCAAUCCCAUAGACUUUGGAGUGGAUUAUAUGAGGCGUAAGGGUUGCCUAGAAGUCGGCGAUUUCGUAGUCACACUGGAGGUGGGUAAGGAAGAUGACGAAAAUGUGACCCUUGGUGUGGGAGAGGACGUUUGGAUACUGAGAGCUUUCUAUGUGGCUCCUCAGUUACCCUACGAGAAGUUCCAGCAUGGAACAUAGAAGUUUUUUUCUAGCAUGUGCAGUUGUAUUUCCAAGAUAUUUGUCCAAAUUAUAUGUAAUAAAUCCGAAUUUUUUUACUAA